CUACUGAAAGGUAAAAUGGAGCAAAAAGGAGUUCAGCUGGAUCGGGAAACCUUCUCUUGUUCCAUCUGUCUGGUUCUCCUGAAGGAUCCGGUGACUAUUCCCUGUGGACACAGCUACUGCAUGAACUGUAUUAAAGCCCACUGGGAUGAAGAGGAUGGGAAGAAACUCCACAGCUGCCCUCAGUGUAGGCAGACCUUCACACCGAGGCCUGUCCUGCUGAAGAACCCCAUGUUGGCAGUUCUAGUGGAGCAGCUGAAGAAGACUGGACUCCAAGCUGCUCCUGCUGAUAACUGCUAUGCUGGACCUGAAGAUGUGGCCUGUGAUGUCUGCACUGGGAGGAGACAGAAGGCCUUCAAGUCCUGUCUGGUGUGUCUGGGUUCUUACUGCGAGAAACACCUCCAGCCUCAUUAUGAUGUUCCUCAAUUCAAGAAACACAAGCUGGUGGACCCCUCCAACAAGCUCCAGGAGAACAUCUGUUCUCGUCAUGACGAGGUGAUGAAGAUGUUCUGCCGUACUGAUCAGCAGUGUAUCUGUUACCUCUGCUCUGUGGAUGAACAUAAAGGCCACGACACAGUCUCAGCUGCAGCAGAAAGGACCGAGAGGCAGAGAGAGCUGGAGGGGAGUCGACGCAACAUCCAGCAGAGAAUCCAGGACAGAGAGAAAGACCUGAAGCUGCUCCAUCAGGAGGUGGAGGCCCUCAACCUCUCUGCUGAUAAAACAGUGGAGGACAGUGAGAAGAUCUUCACUGAGCUGAUCCGUCUCAUGGAGAACAAACGCUCUGAUGUGAAGCAGCAGGUCAGAUCCCAGCAGAAAAGUGAAGUGAGUCGAGUCAAAGAGCUUCAGGAGAAGCUGGAGCAGGAGAUCUCUGAGCUUAAGAGGAAUGACGCUGAGCUGAAGCUGCUGUCACACACAGAGGAUCUCAACCAGUUUCUACUCAACUACCCCUCACUGUCACCACUCGGUGAGUCUACAGACUCGUCCGGCAUCGAUAUCCGUCCUCUGAGACACUUUGAGGACGUGACGGCGGCUGUGUCAGAAGUCAGAGAUAAACUACAGGACGUUCUGGGGGACAAGUGGACAAACGUCUCACUGGCAGUGACUGAAGUGAACGUUUUACUGUCACCUUCACAAGCAGAGCCAGAGACCAGGGCUGGAUUCUUAAGGUAUUCACGUGACAUCACUCUGGAUCCAAACACAGCAAACACUGAGCUGUUAUUAUCUGAUGGGAACAGAAAAGCAACAGUUAUGAGUGAGGAACAGUCUUAUUCUAGUCACUCAGACAGGUUUACUAGAUGGUGUCAAGUCCUGAGUAGAGAGAGUCUGACUGGAUGUUGUUACUGGGAGGUGGAGUGGAGAGGAGAAGUUUAUGUAGCAGUGUCAUACAAGAAUAUCAGCAGAAUAGGAAGCUGGGAUGAAUGUGGGUUUGGAUCCAAUAGCAAAACUUGGGCGUUACGUUAUAUUAAUAACAGUUUUACAUUUUGGCACAACGAUGUCCAAACUCCCGUCUCUGGUCCUCGGUCCUCCAGAUUAGGAGUGUACCUGGAUCACAGAGCAGGUAUUCUGUCCUUCUACAGCGUCUCUGACACCAUGACUCUCCUCCACAGAGUCCAGACCACAUUCACUCAGCCUCUCUAUGCUGGACUUGGGUUUUAUUCUCCUGGAGACACUGCUGAGUUCAGUAAACUCAAAUAGACAGAAGUGAGUUCAGGGAAAGCUGGUUAAAGUCAGUGUUUUAAGUCUCCAUUUCC